AUGGUAAGAAGCAAAAGCAAAGCAAUAUCUAAUGUCUUCGUCAUUGGCUCGACGGUUGAUUCAGUUCUACGCUCAACGGCUACAUCUGUCUGUGAAAUUUUUAAUCAACGGUCGGAAUCUCUACCGACUAUAUAUAUCAAACACACAAACAAUUCUCUUACACCAACACACACAGCAAAAUCGAUCAAAAUCAUUUACUCACAUUCUUCACUUAUUUUACUAAUUUCUUUUCUUCUUUCGAUCCAAAAAGAAAUCAUGGAACGUAAUGUCCUUUUUACGUUUACAUUGAUAUGCAUUGUCGUCGCUGGUGUCGGUGGCCAAUCUCCGACCUCCUCUCCUACUAAAUCCCCCGACGCUCCUCCUUCUCCAACUACUACCUCUCCCUCCUCCUCACCCGUGGAAGCACCGAAAUCUCCAGCUCCUGUAACCUCGUCUCCGCCACCGGCUCCUGUUCCCGAGAGCUCUCCUCCGUCACCUUCACCAAAGGCUUCGGCUCCGGUGAGCUCUCCACCAGAAGCUGCUACACCUCCAGCUCCGGUAGCCGAUGCACCGGCACCAAGCAAGGGUAAGAAGCAUCAAAAAGCACCGGCUCCGGCUCCCGAACUUGACAGCCCACCUUCACCACCUAUGGAAGCUCCUGGUCCUAGCUCCGACGCUAUGUCUCCCGGUCCGGCCAGAUCCGCCGAGGAUAAGAGUGGAGCCGAGAACACAAGUGUAUUGCGGAAUUUAGCAGCGGUGGGAGCGGCUGCAACCGCCUGGGCCGUUCUCGUUAUCGCCUUUUAAAUUAUUUUAGUUAUCAUUUCGCUCUUUCAUUAGUAGUUUUUUUUUUGUUUGAACCAACGAUUGUCUAUUUCUUUUCGCGUUUGAGACUGAUGAGUAUUAUUUAAUUGAUUAUUACAGUUUUUUUUCUUUAUUUUCAUUUGUAUGAAAAUAGUAAUUUUUAUUUACUAAAAAUAAGACUCAAUUUGUCA